GCGAGGGUGCCGCUCAUUAAAUUCCGGGAUCCACGAACCGGGGUCAAGUGCGACGUUUGCGUGGGCAACGACGGCGUGUACAAGUCCGCGGUGCUCGGCGCGAUGGCGGACCUGGACUCGCGGUACAGGGAUCUGGUGUUUUUGGUCAAGAUGUGGGCGAAAAACUUUGACUGCAACGACGCCACCGCGGGUUCCUUCAACAGCUACUCGCUGUCGCUCAUGUCGCUGUUUCACCUGCAGACGAGGUCGCCCCCGAUUCUACCG